AUGCUGCGCGCCUCGACCUCUGCACUGCGCACCGCCCUGCGCACCGCGGCCACGGCCACGCCGCGCGCCGCCCCGGCGAGCUGCCCCGCGUGCGCCCUCGUCGUCCCUCGCCAGCGCCACCUCUCGUCGGCCGUCCCCCGCCGCGCCCCGAUCCUCGACCAGACGCCCUCGCCCGCCGUGCACCCUGCGCCCAUACCCCCGGCACCGAAAGCGGCCGCCCAACCGGCCCGCAAGCGCACCGUGCGAGCGCGCAAGGCGGCCCUCUCUCUCACGCCUGGCGCGGUCGAGCGCAUCCGCGGCCUGAUGGACCAGCCCGAGCCCAAGUUGAUCCGGGUCGGGGUGCGCAACAAGGGCUGCGCCGGCAUGAGCUACCACCUCGAGUACGUCGACAAGGCCGACAAGUUUGACGAGGUCGUCGAGCAGGACGGCGUCAAGGUCGUCAUCGACUCGCGGGCCCUGUUCAGCGUCAUCGGGAGCGAGAUGGACUGGCAGGAGGACGCGCUUCAGGCCCGGUUCGUCUUCAACAACCCGAACAUCAAGGACGCUUGCGGCUGUGGAGAGUCCUUCAUCGUCUGAGGAGCACGCACACGCACGACAGCUUGUUGUAGCAGUACCCCGGACCCGGCGCAUGUUAGACGCUCGGCGGCUUUGUAGACCAGACCUCUCGCGUUGCAACCCUUUCUCGCAGUUUCCCUCUCUC